AGUACAUGGUUUGCAUUUGAUAACAUUUUCGGUAAUAAAACAAGGCCCAAAAGUGUUGUUUCUGGCCACAGAUUUUAAUUUGUCGAUUUCUCUCAAUAAAGGACAUCCAUUACUUGAUUCAAGAUGUCGCAUAUAGACGCUGGACCGCUGUCCACAUAUAACAGCCUGAUGGACAAACAUCUGGCUGGUUACUUCAGUAAUAGUAAGAUGAGACGUCAUCUUAAGAAAUCUGGAUUGAUAACGCGCCGUGGAGAGAUCGUCACCCAGAACCAGUACCGCCACAACAUGGCCAAGAAGGAACACAAGCAACAUGUGAAAGAUCUCUUGGCGCAGGCGAUCGUCCAUAAGACACUCGACAUGGAACGCAUGCGCCAGGUCGCCAUCAAGAAGAAACUCGAGGAGAUCGCCAAGAUUGAACUCGUCAGACGUGUCAAGACUGAUCGGCGAAGACAAGGUGAUGAAGACAUCCUUCCGUACCUCUCACCGCGUCCAAACUCUGCCUCCCAAAGACCGAAGACAUCACCUGCUAGGGGGCGCCCAAAGGAUCCGUAUUCGAGGCCCGAUGCUCGGCUUGGAUUCCAAGAACAUCCUGACUAUUAUUACUCGUACGUCCAUGACGAUGAUGAUGAUGAUGAAACACCAAAGCCGAGUUCUUCUCGGCGUCCAAUCUACAUCGACGCCGAGGGUCAGCCGAUUAGUCCGCGUGACGAGAAAUACCCCAAAGAGGAGAUUGAUACAAGACAUCUGUAUGGCCUCGACAAUGUCGCACUCCGUGAGUACACAAUGACCUUGGAUGAGAGUAAAAAAGGUAAAGCUGGCGCGUCGCCCUAUGUCCAAUCACAACUUCCUGAUGACGCCAAGAUACCGAGUCCACCCAGGACAUCACGAUCAGUGCAGUCGGCCGGGAGCAAACGCCGCCUUCUUCGACCAAUGAAACAAAGGGGUACUCUCCACCGCCAGGAGCCCCCCAUGACGCACCCCAGCCGCCUUCAGUCCCUCUGUGAGGUCACCAUCCGUUACCAUGGCGAGAACCUCCAACUCGCUCACGAGGUCCUCGGCGACCCGCGUCACGAGGUCCUGGUGGAGCAGCAGCAUUGUGGCGGGAACACGCUCAUCGUCUACAAGGAUCUGCUCAUGCCGGGAACCGACUUCCAAUUCCUCUCCCGGCGUCACCGUGGUUACCCGUUCAGUUUGACGUUUUACGUGAACGGAGUGAUGAGUGCUCGUUUGAGCACGUGCUGCGAGUUCAAGCACACGGCCGGGUGUAAGAUCGGGGGAAAACAAGGCCACUUUGGGUUGGUUGCAGUAAGCGGCGGACUUGGGCCCUGUUAUAAGUGUCAGGUGGAGAAGCAAGUGAAGGAAUCACAGAAGAAGAAGAAACAGCCAAAACCCGCCAAAGAGGAGAAAGCGGAGCCAGAGGAGAAUGAGGAAGAAGAGGAUACAAUUAUCUGUCCGGUCGAGGACGAUGAAGAUGCCUAUGGCGACGAUUUUGAGGACGACGACGAUGAAAGAUCGGCCUCUGCUGCUGGGCCGAUGAGCACCGUGGCUUCCGUCACAAAUGGUCCAACCAUCGAUGUCGCAGAAGAUGAUGAGGAGUACGCCGAGAGUACCCUGGAUGAGGCGAAGAAUAUUGACGUCAGACCUGCAAAUUCGCCUCGAUCUGCCGCUGAAUCAACCCGCUCGACACGUAGUACCGUCUCCAGCCCGAGCAGCUCCAGUAGCUCCAGCUCUAGUUCCGAUGAGGAGGAUUACAAUAAAGAUUACGGAGAUGACUUUGAUGAUACGGAAUCAGACGCAGAGUCGACAGCAAAAACUGAAUCGUCAGCGAAAGUGGAAGUUCAAUCGACGACGGAGGGGCCGAGUGAAGUCGAGAGCAAUGCCGAGACUGAUAAGGUCGAUGAAGGUGAUACUGAUAAGACUAUAGGGGGCACCACUGAUGAUGAGCAAGCGCAGGAGAUCCCCGAUGAUGACGAUGAGAAGGAUACCGAUAUUGUCGUCAGUCCGCGUGAAAGUGAGUCUGCGCGUGAGAGUGACGUCGGGACUGACGUCGUCGAGGAUGAAGAGGAAGUGGCUGUGCCGGUUGUCAUGGUGACGUCGGCGGUAAAGGAGGCCGCGGUCGAGGACGAGACGUCUGCGUCAGAAGUUGCGGAGGAUGGAGAAUCAGAGAAGGCAGAGUCGGAGAGGGUGGUGUCUGAAAAUGAGGCAUCGGAGGUCGAUGAGGUCGCGGAGGAGGAGGAGGAGGAGGAAAAGGAGGAACCGGAAAUCGUUGAAAAGAAGAAAGAUUAUGAAGACGACUUCGAUGAUGACGAUGACGACGAUAAGAGUUCUAAAAAAGAUAAAGAUGACGAGAAAGAUGGUGGUGCAGGGGGCGCUAGUGGACACAGCGGAGACAGCUCUAGCGAUGCCGGGGAUGACGAAAGCGUCCAGGAGGAGCCCGAGGAUGAUGGGAAGAAGGGAGGAGACGAGAAGGGCAAAGCGUCCGGCGGAGAACACGAUCAGGAUGAGGGCGUUCUCUCUUCUGACACCGAGGUGGACGAAAAAUCUGGAAAGGUGGUUGUAGCGGCUGAUGUCCAUGCAUCAGAUGAUGAAAAAGUAGAAUCGGUAGCGGAGUCGGAAACUGAGGAGAAGAAAGACGUCGCUGUUGUUGUUACAUCCGCCCCUGAAUCACCACGUGAGAGCAUGACCUCUCCAAAGGAGGGUGUGACAUCACCACGUGAAAGUGUGACAUCGCCACGUGAUAGCUCUCCGACCUCUUCACCAGAGAGUGCCGUGAGUUCUCCGCGGGAAGCUAGUCCAGUACUGGAAAGUCCUCCGGCCAAGGAACCAGAACCAGAGACUGCUGAUGAGACUGGGGCAGAGUCUGAUAUCAGUGAUACGGAGGGCGAUGAUGCCGAUGCUGAACCAGAUUAUAGCAGCACCUCGGACACAGAAUCUCGCACCGGGACUGGAUCUGAAUCGGACGUUGGCGCAUACCUGGCCUUGAAAUCGACCACCCCAACACUUGAACCUGUCAUUGAGCACCCGGGAUCUAUCUCAACGAUUAUUGAUAAUAAACCACAUGUCGAUCUGUCCAGCAUCCAGCUCAAUAAGACACAGGUAAAGGAGCUGUGUGAAGACGUCGCAGAACGUGACGACAUUCAAUCUGUCGUCGUCAGGAACGGCAAACUCGACGACAAGAGCAUCGGGAAGCUGACCGAGUCGAUCCUGGCCACGCCCUCGGAGGUCAAGAUGCUUAAUUUCAACCUAAAUCGGAUCACACCAGAGGGUGCUAAACAUGUAUCCACCAUCGUGAAAGAGCGCCCCAAGAUCCAGGUCUUGUUGCUACACGGUAAUCCUCUUGGCGAUGAUGGCGUCAAAGAGGUCGUAGAUGCUGUAGAGUACUUGAAGAUCGCCGCCGAGCCGAAGCCCCUGUCACCUGUGAGUGACGUCGGGUCUCAAGAGAGCACGCGUAGCGUCGAGUCAGAAGAAGGGACACCGAUACGUUCGGCUGCCAAGGAUCUCGUUAAGGGCGUCAUGGACGACGUGAUGCGGUCACCGUCUUUCCAAGAAUUACAACCGGGCCAGAAAUUUGAACUGUUACAGAUUGAUCUCGGCGACACCACGAUGGGCAAUGCGGGUGCGUCACAUGUGGCGCGUAUGAUCGCUUUUGAUACGCCAAUCAGCACGCUCAAUCUGACGGGCAACAUGAAUAUCAAACGGGCAGGUUGGCAGAGCAUAUCCGAAGCGCUAAAACACAACACACAUCUCCGAGUCCUCACUUUGGACUAUACCAUGCUCGGGGACGAGGGGGUGGAAAUUCUCGCCGAAGCCUUGAAACAAAACACCACGCUGCGUACGAUAGAUCUGGAGGGGAAUUUCAUCAGCGAUAAGGGCGGUGACGCGAUUCUUGAUCUGUUGAGUGUCAAUAAGUCUAUUCAAGAUGUCACGGUUAUGCCCGGUAAUAAAUUGAGCGAGGAAAAGCAGUCACAGAUCAAAGAUGCGCUCGAUGCGAGGAAGUCGUCGUGAAGCUAGUCACUUGCAAUCAUUUUGCCGAGUCAGCUAAUAUCAUUCAUUUCAAGUUGAAAAAAAUUGUCUGCUGGGCUUGGAGUAUGCAUCAAGUGAGGGGGGGGGGGGGGUCUUCAUGGGUUUCUAUAGCAUGUGAUAACUAGUUGGAAUGUCAUUUGAUAAGUACCUACUGCUUCACACUUAGGGGGGAGGGGGCGGGCUGCCAACCCAUCAGUGCUUUUAGUAUUUAGUCCUGAACUCUUUGGAAAUGGUUCCUGAUGCCACUUAUGUGGAGUUGGCAGCUCGGGGGCAGGGGAUGUUUACAUUCAAGGCCUUUCUUGUUUAACCUCGUGACAAAUAACGCUGGUGUAAUUUGCCCCAUAACAGCGCUGGUGUAAUUUGCCCUCAUAACAAAGCCGGUGAUCUUUACCCUUCCUGAUAACACAGGGUCGAUUAAAAAUCAAGUCAUUCUGUGAUAGGUUGUGUUAUUUUUAGCGCAAAGGACAAUGAUCUGUAAGCCGAGAUGAUAACCUGUUGACGAGGUUUGUGAUGUAACCUGCUGACAAGGUUGAUCAUGUGAUACUUCUACAAGUUUCCUGCGUUCGCCGGAUUAGAAUUUGCAUAUUUGAAUGAGGUGAAUUGAAUACCAGCGUUUCAGCUGGUAUUCUGCAGGAAACGAUGUUCUUUCCUGGAUCUCAUCUUAUUAUGUGUUUAUUUAGAGACAUUUUUUUUAUUUGUUUACUGCAUAUUUAUUCAUCUGUCCUAAGUCAAUUAUAGAUUGUAUUAGCGACUGUUGAUCAAGAACUAUAGGCUUCUUCAUAAGUAAAUGUCAAUAUCCUGGUACAUCCUGUUGAUGACGUAUAUUAACGUCAUUCGGCAUGGAAGGUAUUGGUGUGAAAGACGUAAUUUUACGUCAUCAGGCACUCAGGCGUUAAGAAUGUACAAGAACAGUGACAAUUUAAAGGGCACAAUCCUUGUGUUUUUGCUGUAAGUUUUUGAUAUAAACUUCAAUCAUUCCAUGCCUGUGAAUUCAUUAUCAUUUUCAAAUGAAUAUAUCUCACUACAGCCAAUGUAAGUUCACCUUACAUGUGAUUUGUGAUCUGUUAAUUUCCAAAUGUAUGCUAAUUAUUUGAUUAUCGUAAUCAUUUCUAGGUUUAUGGCAUUCAUGAACUUGUGACCGAUGAUGCAUCAAAUGAAUUCCUAUAAUACACUUUUAAGUUAAUUUGUUAUAUUGCUGUCCAAAUUUAUGAAUUUCCGUCCAUUAGAUUCUAUUCUUUACGAUUUAGUCUAGCUUUUAUCAAUUACAGUCCCAAUCACAAUUGACAUCCCUAAAUUUGUGUAUGUUGUGCGCAAUGUCCACCUAUUGCACAGUAAGAUCUUUGUAUGUUAGGCAUAAGAUAUGCGAACCUUCAUGAUGAUAUGUAUAUGUGACCAGUGUUGAAGGCCUACGCCGUUCGUUAAACAUUUUGAAUUUGUAAUUGAAUUUGAAAAUUUUCAAUUGCAUAAAUACAUACUAAAUAUAAAUUUCAGCAUUGCCUUUGUGUAGACAGAUGUACACAUACUAUGAAUACCAAGUUUCAACAAAUUUGUAUUUUAGACUAUUUCGUACUAGUGUUUAUUAUGUAGCCAUUAUAUUCGUUUUGCAUAAACUGAUGAGUAAAUGAUGAUAACA